AUGCGCUUCACGAGUAGCUCGCAAAUACUUCUCAAAAAGACCUCUGUUGUAUUUCUCAAGAAGAAUGGCAAGCCGGUAGAGCUCAAUGUGCGCCGCAAAUUGAAGCUCCGAAGUGACUCUCGCCCCGGAUCGUACCCGGCGAACGAUCAUUUCAAUCCCGAUUCUGGUAAGGGAUUUGGGCCUGGGCAUGGGUCGCCAAAUUCUGAGAACAUCGAUUUCUCUCGUUUGCGAGUAGAUCUCGAUGCGCAGCGGGAGAGCAUUGACAGAAUAGAUACUGCCGGUUUCCAAGUCGUGUCCCAAUUUGACAGCGCUGUUUCUCGCAUCGAAAAGGAGAUGGCAAAGCUCAAUUCGACUCUGGACCAACUUCAGAAUGACUUCGAUCUUCACAAAGCUGACUUGAAAUCUGUUAAGAUUGAAGUAUCCAGUGGGGAAUACACGACACAAAACAGUCCCAAACUGUCUCGAUUGGAGAGCCAGGUUCGGACCGCAAACGCUGCCAUCUCUGAGAUGAAGAAGCUCUCGGAAGAAGUUAAGAGGGAGAAUGUUGAGCUCCGAAACGAUCUCCUGAUCUCGCGAAAAGAUUACAAGAAGCUCGAAAACGCUGACCUGGGCCUACAAGCGAAUAUGGCAAAAAUGAAUGAAACCGUGAAAAACAUCCUCGACAUGAACAUGAACAGUGCCAAGGAAACAGCCACUUUACGAAUUGAGUUGGGGCAGCUGAGACAGAUUAUGGAUCAGGACGGCAAAAAGAAAGUCGACCUGUCAAAGCAGCAAAUACCGUCGCGAGAAUUGGAUAUCUUGACCAGCAACAUGACCAAGAUUGGAGCUCGGGCAAGUCAAGUGGAGACAUUGCAGAUGGAGUUUGAUAUCUUCAAGAGUAGGAUACAGCGUCUGGAGGCGAGUGCAGAGCAUAUCUCUCCUUGCGAGGAAUUGCAGCUCGCUUCAAUUCAGCAAUCCAAGAGCGCGGCCACAUCCGGGUCACCGAACGAUGCUUAUCCAAUGUCGGAUGAAUUGCAUCAGGAAGCACCCGCCAAGGUUUUCAACGAAGCCACUCCAGCCUCACUCAAAGUCUCGCAACCUACGAGCCGCAAACGAAAGGCACCAGCAGAGAAAGUGGCCGGAGCUGGUCAAGGUAACAAAAGCCCAAGACUCGCCAGAUCGGGUGCCAUUGACAAGAGGAGUAUCAAGAAACCAAGGGCUUCUUUGCCCGCGGACAGCAAGCUUUGA